CCCCGCCUUUCCCUUUCACUUGGCUGGCGAACAGCUCCGGUAGUUGCCAUUUUGUGUUGCUCGCGCGUGAGGGUGGAAGCUCGUCAAGAUGGUGAAACUUUUUAUUGGGAACAUCCCACCUGAGGCGACACCGGGAGAACUGAAGACACUGUUUGAGCAGUAUGGAAAAGUUACGGAGUGUGAUAUCAUCACAAAUUAUGGCUUUGUCCACAUGGAAGACAAAAAGUCGGCUGACGAGGCAGUUGCAAAUCUGAACCAAUAUCAGUUGCAUAAUGUAUGCAUUAAUGUGGAACACAGCAGGGGCAAGCCAAAAGCGUCAACCAAGCUUCAUGUCAGUAGCCUUAGCCCUGACUGCACCAGUGAUGAGUUGCGUGAAAAAUUUGAGCAGUAUGGCGCGGUCUUGGAAUGUGAUAUUGUGAAGGAUUUCGCCUUUGUUCACAUGGAGAAAGCUGAGGAAGCACUUGAAGCCAUCAGAAAUCUAAACAACCAUGAUUUUAAAGGCAAACGGAUGCACGUUCAGCUCUCUACGAGUCGUCUGCGAGUCACCCCGGGGAUGGGAGACCGAAGUCGGUGUUAUCGUUGCGGGAAGGAUGGCCACUGGUCCGGUGUGUGCCCAUUAGACCAAAUGUCUGAGGAGAUGGAUCUGGCGUCGCCCUACGGUCAUGACCCUUUCUCAGAUCCUUAUGUCCCUAUGCGCAAUGCGGCGGCUGCUGCUGCCUACGCCGAGCGUAUGUAUUAUGAACGGGAACGACGCAAUCUCUUUGACUACUACCACCGCUAUCGCAUACGCCCCUCAUCCUAUGAUGCCUAUGUGGACCGUCGGCUGCCUCCUCUUCCCCCUACAACAGUGUCCACUCUAACACAGAGAAAACGACUGGAACCCUCUCCAUACGAGAGGCAUAUGUUACCACCUCCUCCUCCUUCACUUCCCAGCUAUUACGCACGAGAGCGAAGCCCAAUACGACGCCCUACUACAACCGCCGCUGUGGAUGAAUAUGUAUCUGAUCGCAGGUUAGCCCCUACUCUGCGUAACCCUCUCUAUGAAUCCCCACGAUACAUGCGGAAUACCUACGAUGAACGUUCGCGGUAUUACUAAGCUGAGGAGGUAAGAUAUUUUCUCGCUCCGCCGUGGUCUCCAGUCGCGUUUGCAAUAAAACGUUUUCGACCGAACUUCAAAAAUGCACCAUCCCAACGUUUUCUUUUCUUUCGUAAAAAAUAAGUGUCCAUAGGGUUAAAUGUAGUUUUACAUUUCUUCAUGUUUAGUUUCGUAGAUCGCCAUGAAAAGGUGUUCUUGGAUGCGUUAAAUCGUGAUAAUUUCUGAAGGACCACAACAUGAGUUCGUUUUCCAAACAAGCACACUGUCAGCCCCAAGUAUAAAUAGAAAUCAUUUCAGCAUACUUGAAUCAUUGACCUUUAUUACCCCAUUACAUAAUUUUUAUUUUUUAUUCGGAUAACGUAGUAUGUGUAUAUAUUCUUUUUUUAUAUAUAAUUUCGUUUACUGCAUUCAUAUGGCUUAAUUCACAAUCUGCUACAAAUCCAAACCCUUUAUAGGUUGUUUGUAGUUUAUGGUGAUUGGAGUCAGGUCACUAUUUUUCAGUGAAAUGGCCUGUUUAAGGACCAGAUCUGACAGUGUGGUAGGCGACACCCAUCUGCGGCAGUCAAUCGCUGUAUGGUUUUGAUGUAAACUCGACCACCGUGGGUGGAGCAAGGCUUUGCUGUAUGUGACCAGCACCGCCUGGUCUUAACCUAAGGCCCAUACUGUUGCCUUGCUACAUAAUUAAGUAGGCUUAUGCUUUCCCCCAAAUGUUUAAACUCUCAGUCCAAUAAAUAGUUUAAAAUAUCAAUGUGAAGAGAAUACCGGGUUGUGUGUAUGGUCUAUUUAAAUACAUCUUACUAACUGUACUUCUUGUAAGCUCUUUUUUUAGGAAUUCAUAUUUCAUGUAUUAGUUCUUCUACCAUAGUAAAUGUGGCUAAGAGAAAGUAACGUGUGCAGUAAAUCUGUUCAGAAAAUGUAAUCUUGCUUGUAUGAAGCUAUAUAUGCUAACAUUUGGCUUUUUUUUUUUCCCUAAAUAAAGAGCUGUUUUGAAAA